AUGGAUCUAAGGGAGAGGACGAUCAGUCGCAUCUCCUUCACGAAGGCACUCAGAUCCCUGAACGCCUUGAUGGAUCAAGAAAAAUCAAGUACGGUGGAGAUUAAAUCGGCCUUUGAAGGACUAGAGAGAAGAUACCAGGAGCUUGAAGAAAUUUCCAAGAAGAUCCUAGAAGAAAUGUUCAUCGCUGAAGAUAUUGAGGAUGAAGAUUUAGAAAAGACUUCCGAGGAAAACUUAAGGUACGAGAGCCAAUUCUUGACAGCGAGAUGCAUGUUCGAAGAAAGGAUGGCUUCGAUUCAAGAAAAGGCUCAAAGUGUCAGCAGCAGUGGAAAUUCUACGUCCAGAGCGAGGUGCAAUCUUCCAAAAGUGGAACUGGCCAAAUUCAGCGGAGAUAUUCGUGAGUGGCUGAAAUUUUGGAGUCUUUUCAGCAAGAUUCACGAGGACACUGGACUACGCGAUGAGGACAAGUUCCAGUAUCUGAUGCAGUCAAUGGUACCAGGAUCCAGAGCAGCAGAUCUAGUGAAUAGUUACCCUCCGGUCGGGGAAAACUAUCAAAAGGCCAUCGAAGGUCUGACAAAACGUUUCGGGCGCGAGGAUUUGCAAAUUGAGGUGUAUGUGAGAGAGCUAUUGCAAUUGGUUCUGGAAAAUGCCGUAGCGAAGAAAAAAGUGAUCCUCGCUUCGCUUUAUGACAGAAUCGAGUCAUAUAUUCGGGCGUUAGAAACUCUAGGCGUUACGACAGAUAAGUGUGCGGCUAUGCUUUAUCCGUUGGUUGAAUCCUCGUUACCAGAAGACUUAUUACGAGUGUGGCAGCGGUCUAACAGUGCAGCUGAAAAUGGUAACGUUGGAAAGGCGUCGAAUGUGUCAAAAACGCGACUCGAUGGACUUAUAAGAUUCUUGGAAUCCGAGGUUCAAAACGAACUGAGAAUCUCUAUGGCCGUAAAGGGAUUCGACAUAGGCGGUAAACCGGAACGGGAGCGAAAAGCAGAAAAGAACUUGCCGAGUGCGCGGAAUCUGCUUGCUUCGGUAGUGAAAGAGGACAAGUGUGUUUUUUGUGAAAAAACGAACCACAUGAGUGAACAGUGCUUCAAAGCGGAAAAAAUGCCGCUAUCGGAAAAACAAGAAGCGGCAAAAAUUAAGCGCGUUUGUUUCGGUUGCUUGAAAAGCGGACAUUUAAAGAAGCAUUGUAGAUCGAAAUUGAAAUGUUCAAAAUGCGGCAAGAGACACGUGGACAUAAUGUGCCCGGGACGAAGAAGUCGUCCGAGUUCGCGGUCCGAUUCAGAAAGCUCGGUAAGUGCAGUCAACAUUCCGAAAGAAUGCGCUUUAGCUUCAUCGGCCGAAAUUCCCGCGACUUUCAUGCAGACUCUAAGGGUGCGAGUGCGAAAUGAAGUGAAGGAUGUUGUCGUUCGUGCGUUGAUCGACACCGGGUCGCAAAACUCGUAUGUUUUGAGUAAACUUGCUGAAAAAUUGGAUUAUAAACCGCAUGGACAGCAAGAUAUGGUGCAUUUACUUUUCGGCGGAAGUAAAUCGGAUGUCGCGACGCACCAGAAGUUCCAAGUGCGUGUCGGGAAUCUCGAUGGAACAUACUGGUGCAAUUUUGAAGCGCUCGGCGAUAAAGUGAUUUGCUCGAAUGUACCAUGUGUAAAAAGAGGUGCGUGGUUGGAAGAGCUGAAAAAACGGGACAUUAUAAUGAGCGAUGUCGAUAGUGAAGAAGAGUGCGUAUCCAUCCUCAUUGGCGCCGAUAUAGCGGGAAAGUUGCUGACAGGGCGGUUACACCAAACAGAAAGUGGAUUAACAGCGGUAGAAACACAUCUGGGAUGGACAUUGAUGGGUAAAAUGCCGCCAAAGGAGAACGCUGAAAAUAAAGAAAACUUGGCCGUUUUGUCUAUCUCCAUGUUGACAAAAGAUGUGGAUAUAAAAGAUUUAUGGUCAUUAGAUGUUAUAGGAAUAAACGAUCCUAUAGAUCAUAAAUCACGUAAGGAUCAUAACAUUCAAGUUGAGCAGAACUUCAAGGAAUCUAUUGUGAAAAACCCCGAAGGUCGUUAUGAGGUAAAACUACCAUGGCUGGAUUAUCACCCCGAGCUCAAGGACAACAAGAGCAUGGCCAUGCAACGAUUGGAAAAAAUGGUCAAGAAACUACGAGAGAUGCAGAAAUUCCAGGAAUAUGAUGGGAUAUUCCGAGAAUGGCUCCACGAGGGGAUAAUAGAGCAGGUACCAGCACAAGAAAUGGACAACUGGGGUGUUUAUUUGCCACAUCGCCCGGUUUUCAAAGAAGAAGCUACAACAAAGACGAGGCCAAUAUUCGAUGCGUCAGCAGGCAGCCCAUCCCUAAAUAGCUGUCUGGAAAGAGGACCGAAUCUUAUCGAAGAAGUCGUAGACAUUUUAUUGAGGUUUAGAGAAGGUAAAAUUGGUGUGAUUUCUGAUAUCAAAAAAGCGUUUCUUCAAAUAAGUAUUGAUCCCGUAGAUAGGGAUUUUUUGAGAUUUCUUUGGUAUGACGCGCAGGGCAAUCUGAUAAUGUUCAGACACUGUAGGGUAGUUUUUGGUGUUUGUAGCAGUCCAUUUAUGUUAGGGGCGACCAUCAGUCUACAUUUAGAAAAUUAUUUGAAAUCAAUUGAAAGUGAACGCGGUAUAUUUGUCUCUGAAUACUUUUACAUCUCGAAGCUCAAACGUAGUUUUUAUGUGGAUAAUUGUGUAGCGAGUGUGGAUAACUUCGAACAAUUAGCUGACUUCAAAUGUAAAGCAAAAUCUGUGAUGGAGACAGGUCUUUUUGAUUUACGUGGAUGGGAAUAUACUCAUGACAAUUUGAAUAAUGUUUGCGGAGUACUUGGCUUGAAAUGGGAUAAAGAGAACGACACGCUAGCGCUAAAUAUUUCGAAUAUUGAGAAAGUCGCGGUUGACAAGAUAACUAAAAGGGUAAUUUUAUCGGUAGCACAUCGCAUUUUCGAUCCGCUAGGCUUUGUAUGCCCAAUAUCACUCGGUCCCAAAAUUUUGUUACAGGAAGCGUGGGCAGCUAAAAUUGGUUGGGAUGAAGAAGUGAACGAAAGUAUUAAGAAACGUUUUUUGGUUUGGAUCAAAGAAUUAACAAAAUUGUCGGAAGUAAAGAUACCGCGUUGUAUGUUAGGCGUCAAUCAAUCGGAAACGGACGUAGAAGUAAGUUUACAUACCUUUGUCGAUGCCAGUAAAUUAGCAUAUGCUGUGGUAAUUUUUUUAAGAAUUCAAAAGGGUUGUGACGUGCAGCUUCGUUUUGUACAAGCAAAGACUAAAGUUACGCCUGCCAAAAAAGGUGACACGGGUAAUUCUAUAAGUAUACCACGAUUGGAAUUAUUAGCGGCAACGAUUGGUGCAAGACUAACUAGGCAUAUUUUGAACGCAAUGGAUUUUAAAAUAGAUAAAGUAUUUUACUGGUCAGACUCGUCAACGGUUAUCACGUGGAUCAAUAGGGAAGAUAAUUGGAGCGUUUUUGUCGCGAAUCGGAUCAAAGAAAUAAGAAAUAUUUCGGAAGUUAAGCAAUGGCGGCAUAUUCCGGGCAAUAUGAAUCCUGCUGACUUGCCAUCACGAGGAUGUACGGUUGAUCAGUUAUUAGAAUCUCGGUGGUGGGAGGGUCCGGAUUGGCUCAAAAAGAAUGAAGAAAGUUGGCCUAAUUUUCCCGAUCAAAAUAUAGACGAAACAGAAGUACUGUCGGAAUUGAAGAGAUCAAAAAUUCAAAAUUCCGCCUUAAUCGCAUUAGCAAGCAGUGAUAGAGAAAAUAUGUUCAGUAGAUAUUCUAGUUUCUCGAAAGCGACAAAAGUAAUGGGCUGGAUCAAGAGAUUUAUUUUUAAUUGUGAAAAUUCUGCGUUGCGUAGGGAAGAAAACUUUCUGACGGCGAAAGAGUGUCGUGAAGCUGAAAGGAGUCUGCUAAAAAUGAUUCAAAGAGAAAAAUUCAAUGGCGUAACGGAUGAGAAAAUAAGAGAACUCAUGCCUUUUAUGGAUAGCGACGGCGUUAUUAGAACAAGAUCGAAAAUUUCAUUUCGUGAGGAUAAUUUCGAUUUCCGUUGUCCAAUUAUUCUUCCUGAAAAAGAUCACCUCAUAGAAUGCUUGAUUAGGGAAAAGCAUAUAGAUCUCAAGCAUGCGGGAGUUACAAUCACGUUAGCGGUGUUGCGGGAGAAAUUUUGGAUUAUAAAAGGUCGGAAAGUCGUGAGGAAAGUCAUACAAAAAUGUGUAGAUUGUCGCAGACACGACGCGAAAGCAAUUGAGACGAAUACUCCGCCAUUACCACUCAACAGAGUCAGGAAAUGCUCACAACAUUGA